CUAAACAUAUCUUCUUUAUUGCAACAUCCUUCUUGAAUUUACUCACUUCUUGGUUCACCGCGUCGUUAAGAAUUAUUUUUAAUUAUUUUUGGCCAACAAGAGUCAAACUUAGUAAUUACAGUUAAUUCAUAUGCACAAGUGAUAUUGCCCUUGUUUGCAACAUCGUGAAGCAAUUUCUCAAUUUAAAAAAAAAAAGUAUCUUCUCAGUAAACGUCAGUACCCUCAGGGAAGAACAUAAACAAAUAACUCAAAUAAUAAAUUACAAUAACAUAGUAUAAACUGUUAAAUCGAACUAUUUUCAUUAACGAUUUUUUUUAUCAUAAUUUUUCAGCAAGGAUGUCCUACCAUGGCAAGCCACUUCCUAAGUUUUACCAGCGAAAAAACAAUUUUUUUCCCCAAAUUGAUUUACUUUGUCGAGGGAAGAUAAUUAAAAAACCUUGGCAAGCGAUUGUUUUCGGUUGAGCGUUCGACUUUUGUUGCGUCUGCGACACCAAAUGCGCUGCAAUCGAAGAGGAAAAAAUAUUUCAUGACUUCGAAAUUAUAGUUGAGUAAUAUCGAUUUUAUUAAUAGGACUCUUUGAACCUCAAAAACCAUAAUUUGUCUUCACAAGUGUUAAAUGUAUGCUUCUACUUAUGUAAUCAAGGUUCCUUGAAGGAAACAGGUUUAGGCAGAAACAAUAUCAAAAUCUACGUAAACGGGUUCCUAAAUUACGUGUUUCUAAUUAACUGACUGAGUAAAACGGGUUCGUUCUUGUACCACAGGUCAGUGUUGUCAAGAAGCUCUUCACGAUAUGGGAGAAAUCUACUAUAAGAACAUCAUCCAGUUUGAGACCAAUUUCUAGGAUUGCACCUUUAUAAAGGUAGCUACGAAGUUUUAAAAUCUGGCGUAUGUUUCUUUGUUAAUCACAUCGAAUAGUGCUGUUCGUGCGAAGAUAAGAUGCUAAACGCCUCCGGUACCUCCUUGCUUAAUCUGGAUCAACCGCACUCAGUGUCCUCGGUGACUUGUUUGUACUUCACCGCUCCUAUCUUUGAGUCUUCGGCCACACUCAUUGUAAAUGUUAUCGCAUGCGUUUUAAACUCUUUCUUUGCUAUUUUUUCAUCGUUGGGAAACCUGCUCAUUGUGGCCACGCUCUGGAGAACGAAAUCACUUCACACACCAGCGAACAUUCUCCUUGGAUGGUUCACCUUUUGUGACUUCUUGUUGGGAUUUUUGGCAGCGCCAGCUUUUGUGGCCUUCAAAAUAGCAGAGAUCACAAGAAAUUUUGAACCUUAUUGUUUUCUUCGCUCGGUCUACGACUUUAGUUCACAAACAGCACUUAGUGCGUCAUUUGUCAUACUGACUUUUAUGACCAUCGAUCGAUAUUUAUCACUUCACCUCCACCUCAGAUACAAGGAAGUCAUCACAAACAAGAUUAUCACAAAAGCAGUGUUAUUUGCGUGGAUCGUGUCUCUUUCGAUAACAGUGACAAAAGUAUGGUUGGAGCCGAAGACUUUUCUCUUCAUCAUCAAGGCUACUAAACUGUUUUGUCUCUUCAUCAUCAUAGCAGUCUACGUAAAAAUACUUGUGCUAGUGCGACGUCAUCAAAUCCAAAUAGACCAACUGACUGUCUGCGACCGCCGUGGCUCUCAGAGAAGCCUCUAUGAUUUCUGUCGCCUCAAGAAGUAUGCGUGCACCGUGGCAUUUAUUGUUUUUCUUAUCAUUGCUUGUUAUGUCCCUGUCGUUGUUGUCAGCUUUUGUAAAGCUUACGUUUGCACAGAAGGGGUAGAACAUGCCAAAAUUAUGUAGACCCUAAUGGUAACAUUUAUCUUCUUGACAUCGGCCCUGCAUCCGCUGGUUUUUAUCUGUCGCAUGAAAGAAGUAGAGGAUGCAAUCAAGAAAUUUCUUAAUAUAAAAUGAAAGCCUGUUAUAAUUAAUCAUAGAAAAACGCAUAAAAUCAAAAUACAUAUAAAUAACUGUACAGAAAUAAAGAAAUAUGUCAACAACAAUAAUUAUUCAUUGUUUUUGGUUGUGAUCUUAAAGAAAC